UUAUCCAAUAACAAAAUGGAUCAAAAGGAUGACUGCCGUGCGCCCUGCAAAUACUCCGCCCCAAGAGUUGGUGGUGAGGGGUCGGCCGGCCCUGGAUUCAGUUCAACGAAACCGAUCGAGAUGGAGACCAAGCCGUAUUUAACUUCUGAAAGUUCUUGGCAAAAUAUUCAAGAAUACUACAAGAAAAAUGGCCAAAACCUUGUUAUCAAAGAUCUGUUUGCUCAAGAUUCAGCCAGAUAUGAUAAAUACAGCUUGAAAUUGAGCACUCCCAACGAUGGAGAUAUUCUCAUCGAUUAUUCCAAGAAUCGUCUUGAUGAUGAGUUAUUCAAGCUUCUUCUUGAGUUGGCUAAACAAAGAAAAGUUGAACAGGCUAGAGAUGCCAUGUUUACUGGUGGUAAAAUUAAUUUCACUGAGAACAGAGCCGUCUUACAUAUUGCUUUAAGAAAUCGUGCCAACAGGCCCAUUUUGGUAGAUGGUAAAGAUGUAGUGCCUGAUGUGAAUGCAGUUCUCGAACACAUGAAGCAGUUUACUAACUCUAUCCUCAGUGGACAGUGGAGAGGAUAUUCUGGUAAACAGAUAACAGAUGUUGUCAAUAUUGGCAUUGGGGGUUCAGAUUUGGGUCCUUUGAUGGUCACAGAGGCUUUGAAGCCAUUUAAUAAGGGUUUGAGGUUACACUUUGUUUCGAAUAUCGAUGGGACCCACUUGGCCGAGGUUUUGAAAAAAUUGGAUGCCGAGACUGUCCUCUUUAUUAUUGCUUCUAAAACAUUCACUACACAAGAGACCUGCACAAAUGCUGCGUCUGCUAAAGACUGGUUUUUGGGAUAUGCAAAAGAUCCAGCUGCUGUGUCGAAACACUUUGUUGCUCUAAGUACAAAUGCUGAAAAAGUAGCAGAAUUUGGUAUCGAUACAGAUAACAUGUUUGGAUUUUGGGACUGGGUUGGAGGAAGAUAUUCUUUGUGGUCUGCGAUUGGUCUCAGCAUUUGUUUGUCCAUUGGAUUUGAUAAUUUUACUCAGUUAUUAGAUGGAGCGCAUUUCUUAGACAACCAUUUCCAAACUGCACCUUUGGACAAAAAUGCUCCUAUAAUACUUGCAUUAUUGGGCAUUUGGUACAGUAACUUUUAUGGAGCCGAAACACAUGCACUUCUACCUUAUGAUCAAUAUUUGCAUAGGUUUGCUGCUUACUUCCAGCAAGGUGAUAUGGAGAGUAAUGGAAAAUAUGUUACAAGAAGUGGAAGACAGGUCGAUUAUAACACUGGCCCAAUUGUUUGGGGCGAACCAGGUACCAAUGGCCAGCAUGCUUUCUAUCAGCUUAUCCAUCAAGGUACUCGAAUUAUUCCCGCUGACUUUAUUGCCCCAGCACAAACCCACAAUCCCAUAAGUAAUGGCAAGCACCAUAACAUCCUCCUCGCCAACUUUUUGGCACAGACCGAAGCACUUAUGACUGGUAAAACACCUGAUCAGGCAAAGGCUGAAUUGGAGAAGCAGGGCCUUCAAGGGGAGCAGUUGGAGAAGAUUUUACCACACAAGGUGUUCUUGGGGAACAGACCAACAAAUAGUAUUGUUGUUAAGAAGGUCACUCCUUUCGUUUUGGGAGUUCUUAUAGCACUGUAUGAACAUAAAAUCUUCACUCAAGGGGUAAUUUGGGACAUAAACUCUUUCGAUCAAUGGGGCGUAGAACUGGGGAAGCAGUUGGCCAAAGCCAUCGAGCCUGAACUGCAGGACAACAACCCAGUGUCAUCCCAUGAUGGCUCCACUAAUGGGCUUAUCAACUUUAUUAAAAGUAGUCGAUAAAUAGAUUUUAGACUGUUUUAUGUGAUCCGUACUACAUAGCUUAAAAUAAUAUUGUGGAAUGAGUUAUUAAUUGAUGUUUUGUAAUCAGGGUGGCAAAUAUACACAAUGGAUUUUUAA